AUGUCACUUCUACAGGCACAAAAAUCAGUCUGGCAGAAUUCUGUGCGUUUUGUGCGUAACAACAGAAAAUGGUGGCCAAGAUCGGAACCAGAAACAUUCGAACGUGUUAUAUUUCCUCCAAAUGGCGAAUACAAAUUGCCAGCGAUGCCACAAGAACCAACUUAUGACCCAAAACUGGGCGAGGAAAAAUUCAAGUCAUCAAGGCAGCUAGUUAGUAUUCGUGGUGUUGAAGAAAUACACACUGAAUUGAUCCAUAAACAAUACGGGCUUGCUGCGAUUGGUGGUGGUUUUAUAUCUCCAUACGAUUUCAAUUUCAUUCGAGAUCGCUUAAAUAGAAAUCUUUUGAAAAAUCAAUUCGCAAUAUGGAGGGUGCCAGCUCCAUGGCUUCCACGUACUAAGAGAGCGGUUGGAGCGAAAGCUGGUAGUGGCAAAGGAAAUAUACAUCAUUACGUUACACCGGUUCGGGCAAGAAGAAUUAUUUUAGAAGUUGGUGGCUAUAUCAUGGAAUUGGAGGCAAGGGCUUAUUUAAUGUACCUCUGUGAACGGUUUCGAUUUCCUGUCGAAUUUGUAAGUGAGAAAAUAUUGGUGGAGAGAAGGCUUCAGGAGAAGAAAGUUGAAGAAAUGAAUAUCAACCAGUUUAAUUGGGAGUUAGCUUUGAAGUAUAAUAUGCAAAAUUGUCAUGGUUGGCUGUCAUAUUAUGAUGUUGCUUAUAAAUAUGUGUCAUUCUUAAAAAAUAAUGAGUCUCUUAUGACACUAGUGGGUGAGGAGGAAUUGUUGUGGAUUCCUUUCCGGUGGUUCGUUCUUAUGACAGCAAGUUUACCAUUUUUCGCCCUAUCUUUAUGUGUAUCAUUGUCAUUAGUAUUGCAUUUGGAUGAGUCCACUCGUACUCAUUGUGGUGUUGUGAAUUACUUGCCAUCCAUAUCAGCUGCAGUUGCAUCAUUUACUCCAGAACGUUAUAUUUGGCAGUUUUUCAUUUCAUUACAUUCUGCUCCUCGUAUUGUAGCCGCAUUAGCUUUUAAGCAACGCCUUUUUUAUAUUUACAGAAAUCUUUUACUAACAUCUCCGUUACGACCGUUGAAUGAUCGCGUGUGGUUCGAGUUAUCGUGUCAGGCGGCAUGUUUUGUAAAUAUAGCAGAAAGUUUAUUCCUUCUUUUGUUGACAUCGGCAUCUUCUACAGAUAGCUAUGCUAUUCAUAAAAUAUCGUUUCUUGGAUUUGCGAUCUGCUCGAUAAUUUAUAUGUUACUCGCAACUAGCUUAUUGCAUUAUUCUGGUAGGCGUCGUACGUCAUCACUUGGCGAGAAAUCAUUCCAGUAUAAAGUACUCAUGUGUUCUGCAUCAAUAUUAUCUCUUUUAUUCGCUGUUUAUUUUUUCAAUCGUCACAACACUUAUUGUGAGCCAGGAGUAUACACUUUGAUUACUCAUUUGAUCUUCAUGGUGUUUUUUAGUUGCAAUACAUGCAGUGAAGCGCUGAAAAAAAAUCAGGUUGAAAAACAUGGGUUCCGGUGCAGGUAUGCAACAUAUUCUUGCUUGGAUUGCGGACAAAAUUUUUCCUUGGAAACUUUCAAAGGUCAUAUGAAGUGUGUGACUGAAAGUAAGAAAUAUGGUGGGAAGAAUUAUGUCGAGAAAGAGAAUAAGGGUGAGAUUAAACAAAAUCGGUGGAUUGAGCAGGUGGAACGAGCAAUUGGGAAUGUGAAAGAACAAAGGUUAAAAUGUUUGUUGGAGCAGAUUCGUGGCUUUGACAAUAUUCCAAGGAAGGAAACGAAAUUUGUCAACUUUUUGCAAAAUUCGAUCAAUAUACGUGAUCGAGAUUUAUGCAUUAAGGCAUGGAACUGCAUAAGUGAACAAGCUAGAAAAAUUGAGGAAGAGACAAAGAAAGCGAAAUCAACAAAAAUUUGCACUCCCACUGCUGAAGAAGAGGGUGUGGGUCAUGGAGAAGGGUUUUCAAGAAAUGUUACUGAAAAAAAAGAAAAGAAAAGGAACGAUUUAUCAAGUAGCUGUGAUAAAAGUGCUAAUACCAAUUCCCCACAGAGAACACUAGAAACGAAGGAGGUAAAGUUUAAGUGGAAACGAGCUAUCAAACGGACUUUGAAAGAGGCAGAAAAUGGACAGAUGAAAGUGAAGCGGUUGAAAGCAAAAGUUAUUGAGUAUUAUUUGGCUAAUAAAAAGUUCAGUGAAAUUGAUGAAAAUCCUGAAUUAAUUUUUAAUGCCAAGUUGCAGUCUUUGAAUUUACAGUAUGAUGGCAAAAUGACAACAAAAAUGAGUGGAAAUUAUCGUCAAUGGAAAGUAGCGGAUGAGCAUGCCAAACAGGAUCUCGAAUUCCCGAAAACAGGAUUUAAGGUGGAAAGACUUUUCGCUCUGUGUAUGCGAAAGGUGGCGACGUUCAGAUAUAUAUGUUUCAGAACUUUACCUUUACCAUCACAUUUGAUCAAAAAAUUAAGAAUCUUGCGGAAUCAAAUUGGUUCCGUGAUGAGUAUGCAUAAUAAUUUCGUAUCUCUGGAUGUGUCGUGGAUUUAUGUAGGAAAAGAUGGUUUUCUACAUUGGCCUCGGACAUGUGGGAGAUGCUACUGUAAAAUGUCAAGACGUAGAUACUUUAUCUUUGCUGCCAUUAAUGGCAUCGCCACUCUGGAAUUUGUGCAAGUUGAUUUG